AUGUCCAAGCCUUUAGAACUCACCAGCGUUAUUCGGCAGGCGCGCGGACCCCAACACACUGCAACUGUGUUAUUUCUUCACGGACUUGGUGAUAGUGGUAAAGGAUGGAUUCAGACCGCCGACCAGAUCGGGCAGACGAUGCCACAUGUUAAAUUCAUUCUGCCUAAUGCCCCAGUCCGACCUGUUACUAUAUUUAACGGUUAUCGCACGCCUGCCUGGUUCGAUAUACUGCAAUCAGGGCAUUUAGAAAGGAUGCUCAGUCCGGACGACGCUGAGACCUGGAUUUUAAAUACAGCGAAUUCUGUAAACAGGCUCAUACUUGACGAAGUUGAUUCAGGGAUCCCUGCACAACGUAUUGUUGUUGGUGGGUUUUCUCAGGGCUGUGCUCAAGCUUUGGUCACGAGCUUGAUUUCAGAAUAUAAAUUUGCUGGCAUAAUAGGACUGGGCGGAUAUCUCCCUUCGAAAGACAAGAUUCUAUCGAUAGCAACGGAUGCAAAUAAGAACACUCCUAUAUUCGUUGCUCACGGUGAUGCAGAUGAGACUGUCCCGUUCAACGUAGGAGAGAUGACAAGCGAGAUUCUUAAGGAUAAAGGAUACAACGUAACGUUCAAAAGCUACGCCCACUUGGGUCACUGGAUCAAUGAGGAUGUGACUCAAGAUAUGUUAUCCUUUUUGCAGCAGACAUUUGUACGCAAGCUAUGGAACUUGUAUGAUAUAUAA